GGUUGGUUUUUGUAACGUCACGUGACAGCUGUUUGGGGCGCUGAUUGACCGUCGCAGUUCGUGACAGUCCGAUGGCACAAAACAUACUCUACUAAAGAAGUGAAUACAUAUUUAGUUGUGUUAUUUAAAACGGGAUAUUAAAAAGUUUAAUAAACGGCAAAUUUAUUAAAUACGAUUUUUAAAUAAACGUUAAGUCGUUAUCGUAAAUACUUGAAAAAUUAACCUUUCGUGAUAAUAUUUGUAAUGAAUGACGAAAAGUUAAGAGAGUAAAUAGUACAGUUGACACUCGAAGAUUAUAAAUAAACAGCGUUCGUUGGAUUUGCGGAAAACUUAUCGUUUAGAUAAGUUUUGUUGUUUAGUUUUCGAUAUAUAUUAAUUCAGACAACCCUAUGUUUGGUGUGCUGAAAGAUAAAUGGACACCAACUGAAGGUACUGUUUAGGACCAUUGUUUUAUAAAUCAAUAGUGGGGUCACGUUUUUAUUUCUACUUUUCUUUUACGGGUUUUAUACCUUUUCAAAACAUGGUAUAUAAUACGAAAUAACUAAAUAUAUUUUUUUAAAAUGAAAGAAUUAAUCCUGUUGGUGCUGCUGUGCUUAUGGACUAUCGGAGAUUGUUUUGAGUCAAAUAUGAAUCCUCCGCUAAGGGUUUGUGUACAACAUACUGGAUCUGUGUCUAGAGUUGUUGAUGAUGAAGAUAAUUUAAAUAACACUAAUUUAAAUAAUAACAUAGAUGUAUGUCCCAGAGAAUCUAAUCAUUGUUAUACUCUUUGGACGGAAGAUGCUGUUAAUGGUACUCAAAUUAUUAUGGGUCAAGGUUGCUGGAAAGUUGCGAGUAAACCCCACGAUUGUCAACACAAUAAAUGCGUUUCCGACAACCGAAAUUCUCAAGCAUCUCCGCUCCCCAUGACGAAAUUCUGUUGCUGUUCCGGCGACAUGUGCAACGAAAAUUUCACUGCACUUCCAAUUAACACUCAAAACAUCAUCGAGAACCCCCCACCGGAACAAGCGAUUGAUCAAACCUUAAAACCCAUAAUUUGGAUAUCAUCCGGAAUAUUCUCGAUGCUUUCUAUGUUAAUCGUUGCUUCGAUCUACUUAUGCUGGAGUGCCAAAAGAACUCAAAAAGCCGACGUGGAACUUGGCCAACAUUCGCCGCCUUCUUCCCCAGAAUAUUGUUUGGAUAAAUUGGUUUUAGUGAAAAAUAUAGGGCAAGGUCGUUAUGGAAGUGUUUGGCGAGGGGUUACUGAAGACCACGAAGUCGCCGUGAAAGUAUUUCCGGCUCACCAUCGUAAUUAUUUCGUGAAUGAACGGGAAAUGUACAAAGAGGCUAUGAGCCAUGUGGCGUUGUUGAAGUGUUUGGGAGGAGGAGAACGUAUCACUCCAUGUGGAUCUACUGACUACCUCUUAAUUUUAAGCUUAGAAAAAGAGUGCCUACAAGAAUAUCUUAAACGUAAUACUCUCGACUUAAACACUUUAUGCAAAAUGAGUCUUUCAGUAGCUAAAGGACUUGCACAUUUACAUUCAGAUCUUUAUAAAUCGUGUAUUGUACAUAGAGAUCUUAAUUCAAGAAAUAUUUUAGUUAAAUAUGAUUUAUCUUGUUGUAUUUGUGAUUUAGGUUUGGCUGUUAUUCCGCGCAAAACUGAAAAUAAAUCAUUAAGCGAGGCUGGAACUUUACGUUAUAUGGCACCGGAAGUGCUUGAAGGAGCGGUUAAUUUAAGAGAUUGUGAAAGCGCUUUAAAACAAAUCGACGUUUACGCUUUGGGUUUAGUGUUAUGGGAGUUGGGGAUAAGAUGUACUGACAUGCAAUUAACUGAGCCCCCUCCAUAUAAUCCUCCGUUUCAUAAAGAAGCCGGCGAUAAUCCAUCUCUUGAACAAAUGCAAGCGUUGGUUAGUCGAAGAAAAGCUCGACCAUUGUGGCCAACGUCAUGGAAAGAUACUGCGUCAGCUAGAUUGUUGUGUGAAACCGCUGAAGAUUGUUGGGAUCAAGAUGCGGAAGCUCGUUUGACUUCGCUUUGUGUUGUGGAAAGAUUUUUAGAGUUACCAGCGUUAAAAGGAAGGGUGUUACACCCGAUGAGACCUCCAGUUAGUCCUACCCCAUUAAUAAACAAUAACCAUCUUCAUGAACACAGUAUGAAUUUAUCUGUAGGAACUGUAGAAACGCUUCUUUCUCCCUCCGAAGAAAAUUUUAAAAAUUCUAAUCAAUUAGUGGUUUGUUCCUCUCCAAUUCAACCCUACCAAGGAAGAAAUCCUUGCAUGGAAAGGAACUUAUUAACAAGUUCAAUAGAUAGUUUACUUAUUGAUAAGUCGUCAAAACAUUGUACCAGUUCCGAAUCUCAGAAUUUAAUUGCAAACGAUUAUUUAAAUUACCAAGUAAACCAUCGAGCGGCACCGAUUUCAUACGUUCAAAACGCCGUUUAUAGUACAUCCGAGGAAAAAGUAAAUGUUCCGCAAAGAAAAAAACUAAAAUGGUCCAAUAUAAGAAAUUUAUUUAUGAAUAGAGGCGAGAAAAAUCAUUUUACAAUUCGUAAGGACACUCAAGUAAAGGUGGUCCCUUCAAAAUUAACAAAUAGUUUUGGCCAAAAUGGCGUUACAACUUCCUUAUUAAAACGAACGGACACAAAGCGGCCUUCUACUUUACCACUACAACACAACACCGAUACGAAAUGUAAUCAAUCGGGAAUUCGACAAGUUUUAAAAUGCCGCAAAAAUAGUUUAACGAAGCAACGUUCGUUAGAACAAUUCGCGGAAGUUUUUACGUCCACGUCGGAUCUGUCAAGACUAAAAGAUCCUGCUCAAAGAAUUAAAACUCCAGGAGAUGUACCACCUUCUGUUCGUCGGACGAGAGGAAAAGCAGCUAAAGAUUCCGCACGAUUUUCUUUGUACGACGACCGAAUGAUGAGUCAAGGGCAAUGGGGAAGCGCACCAAAUUUGGAACCAGAAGAACAAGCUAAACCAUUACAAAUCAGUGAUAUAUACGAUAGAGAUAGCGUGAGUAGUUUUUAAAGAAAUUAUAAAGAUGUACUUAAAACAAGAAAGUUUGUAGUUAAGAUUUAUGGCUUAGAUUGUGUAAGUGAUGGCGUUUACCAAAGAUUAUUUGUUUUUUUUUUUCUAUUUUAUUUUUUAUUUAUUUGCCUUAAGUUGAACAAAUUGAACAAGAUGUAUUGUUAAACCAAAAAGAUGUUAAUGUAGGAUUUGUUUUGAUUAUUAGUAAUUUGUAAAUAUUUUAAUUAUUUAUACAAUUCAU